AGACAUGCCGCUUGUACCGUGAUAGUAUGGAAUCGUAGGAGUAUAAGUUUUAGGUGUGUCUUUCUAAAUAUCGAACUAUAAUGUCUCCCGAAAUUUUGACUAAAAUCUUUUACGAAUAUUUCGACAAUGUGAAGCAACGUUCUCGCGUUUUGUGCGCUAGAUUUAGGUAACGUUUGUGCCGAAACAUAUGUAAAACGGUGAUCGAAAUCAUUGUGUUUUUCGGUGUAUCGUGUACGAUAAGUAUUCUAGUUUGAUGUUAAAUUAAAAUGUGGAAUAUGAUGUGCGACGUGAUGCCCACGAUAUCUGAAGACAGUAUUAGCCAAAGGAGUUCGCAGUUCUCUGGCGAGGACGCAAACUUUGAGCAGCUCAUGGUGUCUAUGUUAGAUGAAAGAGAUAAAUUAGUUGAAAGCUUGCGAGAGACGCAGGAACGUCUCGGGGACACGGAGUUGCGGCUCAAGGAUGUGGAGAAAGAGCGGGACUCGCUGCAUCGGCAAAUCGCAGCCAACCUACCUCAGGAAUUCGCGACCCUCACGAAGGAGCUCAACCAGGCACGAGAACAGCUCUUAGAGCGGGAGGAAGAGAUUUCAGAACUGAAAGCGGAGAGAAACAAUACCAGGUUACUCUUAGAGCAUCUAGAAUGCUUAGUGUCACGACACGAGCGCUCACUGCGCAUGACGGUGGUGAAGCGGCAGGCGGCCGCUCAGUCCGGGGUCUCGUCCGAAGUGGAAGUUUUGAAAGCGCUGAAGAGUCUAUUCGAACACCACAAGGCGCUCGACGAGAAGGUUCGAGAAAGGCUGCGAGUUGCAUUAGAGAGAAACACAGCUCUGGAAGAAGAAUUAGCGUUAACCAAAGAGGAAUUACAGCAAUACAAAGCGUCUGGCACGCAAGACGGGGAAAAGCCCAAAGAGAAUGGCACAGCCACAACAGGCUCGCCGGAACAGAACGGCGAACAGCAACAAACUAAGGAGAGUAGUGUUAACGGCGAAACGGAGGGCAAGAAACUCACUGAGCUCCAAAACACGAUCGCCAAGCAGUCAGCGGAACUGAGCUCGUGGCAGCGUCGGGUCGCGGAGCUUAACAAUAAAGUAACUGAGUUGGAAGAUAGAUUGACGAAGGGUGAGAAAGAGCUAGCGAAAAAGCAGGACGAGUGUGCUAAAUUACAGCGCGACCUGAGAGAAAACGUGGCACAAAAGGAAGAUCAGGAGGAGAGGAUAGCAACUCUAGAGAAGCGAUACUUGAACGCUCAACGCGAAUCCACGUCCCUGCACGACCUCAACGAGAAGUUGGAGCAGGAACUGCAGCACAAGCAGGCACAGCUCAAGCUGCAAGAAGAGAAGAUCGCGGCCAUCGAGGAGAAGCUAGAACUCUCCACACAGAAGUUGGCCCAGAUGUCUUCCUUGCCAGAAAUGGAGGAGCAACUUAAAGCGAGAAUGGAAGCGCUCAGCCAGGCUCAAGAAAGACACGGCUCGGCUGAGGAUCGCAUUCAAAGGCUAGAGGCGAACGUGGAAGAGAAAAACGCAGAGCUGAUGAGACUCAACCAACGGCUGCGGAUGAACGAAGAGCACAACACUCGACUAUCGGCGACUGUGGACAAACUUCUAUCCGAGUCAAAUGACAGAUUACAAGUGCAUCUCAAAGAGAGAAUGCAUUCCCUGGACGAAAAGAACGCGCUCACUCAGGAGUUGGAGAAGACGCGGAAGUACGCAGACGAGCUGCUUUCGGAGAAGGCGGAGAUACUGAAGGAGCUCGCCAAGUGGAGGAUGGAGACCGAACAGCUGAAGCGCCAGAUGCUGCAGGCGGAGAUCGCCUUCAACAUCCAGCAGACGGACGCGCUGACGCGCUCGCUGUCGCCCGCCGCGCCGCAGCCGCCGCUCGCGCACUUCCCGCCCAAGCUGGACGGGUCGUGGGAGAAGCUGCAGCAGGCGCACGUGCUGGCCGGCGUGCAGGCCUUCGACGUGUCCAGCGACGCAGAGAACGACGAGUCUGAAGGUGCAGAGGGCGGACACACAGAUGCGGCGGCCCUCGCGCUCAUGCUGCAGGAACAGCUGGACGCCAUCAACACGGAGAUACGCCUCAUACAGGAGGAGAAGCAGAGCACAGAAGCACGUGCGGAGGAGCUGGAGUCCAGGGUCAGUACCGUCCCAGCCCCGCCGACCCACACCCGCCCCACUCUAACGCGUCGUGACUUACAGGUGGGCAGCUACGAGCACAUGAACGUGGUGUCGCGACGGGCGGAGUCUCCGCCCCCCGCCGCCUCGCCCUCCAGGCCCAACCACCACAAGUACCACACCGCGCCGGCCUCCAUGUCUCCGGCGCACGCGCACUACCGCGCCGUGCCCGCCUCCGAGAGCCUGCCCUCCAGCCAGCUGCAGCUGUGCGAGGACGCGGGCGACGCCGACGCGCCGCGCGCGCUGCGCCUGGAGCGCGCCGCGCGCGCGCUGGCGGCCGAGCGGGAGCGCCUGCGCGCGCACUACCCGGCGCCCUACGACUCGACGUCGAUCGUGUCGGGAAGCCUCGCGAGGAUCCCUAUCCACAGCUCCAGCCAGGAAUCCCUGGGUGGGGUAGUGGCCUCGAGCAGUGCCGCGUGGGGGGGUGCGUCCCCCGGUUUACCCAGAGGAGUCGCAGCCGCGGCCUCUGCCGUUUCCAUCGCUUCCAUGCACCAGCAGAAGAAGAGAGGCAUCAAGAGCUCGCUAGGGAGAUUCUUCAGCAAGAAAGAAAAAGCGGGAAUGCCGCUGGCGCAGGGGCCCAGUCCGCGCUCGCUGUCGUCGGCGUCGUCGCUGGGCCUGGCCGCGCUGGGCGACGACGACGCGCACGCGCACGCGCCGCUGCAGCACCAGGACUACGCGCGCACCAAGACCAAGGAGCGCGACUACCGCCACGAGCUGCUGGGCGAGGCCAUGCGCGCCGGCACGCCCUUCGCGUUGUGGAACGGGCCCACGGUGGUGGCGUGGCUGGAGCUGUGGGUGGGUAUGCCGGCCUGGUACGUGGCGGCCUGCCGCGCCAACGUCAAGUCCGGAGCCAUCAUGUCCGCGCUCUCGGACCAGGAGAUCCAGAGGGAGAUCGGCAUCAGCAAUCCCCUGCACCGGCUGAAGCUGCGGCUGGCUAUCCAGGAGAUGGUUUCCCUGACGUCUCCCUCGGCUCCGCGCGGGACGGCGUGUGCGGCGCUCGCCUUCGGGGACAUGAACCACGAGUGGAUCGGCAACGUGUGGCUGCCCUCGCUGGGUUUACCUCAAUAUAGAACAACGUUUAUGGAAUGUCUGGUGGACGCCCGGAUGCUGGAGCAUCUCACAAAAAGAGAUCUUCGGACUCAGCUGAAGAUGGUUGACAGUUUUCACAGGACGUCGCUGCACUUCGGCGUGGCGUGCCUGAAGCGCGUGGGCUACUCCGUGCGCGCGCUGGACGAGCGGCGCCGCGCGGCCGAGCUGGUGGCGCGCGACGUGCUGGUGUGGACCAACGAGCGCCUGCAGCGCUGGCUGCUGUCCAUCAACCUCAAGGAGUACGCCAACAACCUGGCCGAGAGCGGCGUGCACGGCGCGCUCAUCGCGCUGGACGAGAACUUCGACGCCAACAGCAUGGCGCUGGCGCUGCAGAUCCCCACGCAGAACACGCAGGCGCGACAAAUCCUCGAAGUGGAAUACAACAACCUCCUGGCGACCGGCACGGAGCGGAAGCCGCGCCCCCCGCACGACCACGCGCCGCCCUCCUGACACCACACCAUCAACUAGGCGUGGCCCCUCCCCCUCGCCGACGCACCCAGCGCGUGACGUCACGUGACGAGGGGAACUUUGCAGGUUUAAAUGGGUUGCGUAAAUGCGACGCGUACGUGCAAUGACAAACAUGCGUUCGGUCGUUCGUGUAGAUGAUGAUAUGCGAGGUUUAUUAUUAUCGGUUGAGUCUUUCAGAGAAUUAUUUGAUUCGUGCAGGAUAUCAUUUUAUAUGUUCCUGAAGAAACUUAAAAUUAAAUCUUUAUCACAAGUUCCGUUGAUGUAAAUUGUUUUCACAAUCAAGAAGCCAGCGAAGAUUGUAAAUAUAUUGAUUUAUUUAUUAUUGUAAUUUAUUUAAUGUAGGAUUGUGCACGAUCACCGGAUAGGGAAUUGUACCACAAAAUAAACUAAGUCUCCGAUUGUAUGGAGUUUGAUACUGUUUGUGGUCAGGUUGUCCUUUUGUAAUAUGGCAACACGCUUAGACACAAUAAAUAGGCAAUAUAAAAAAAUGGUCUCGCAAGACAAUAAAAUAUUAACGUUGACAUUUUGCAUUUUCUAGUCAAAUUUGAAUAAAACAGAUCUUUUUCGAAGCUAAGGUGUUGCCAGAUUUUUAAAAGAAAGUGUUGUUACUACAAUAAACUGUCGUCUGUGUAUAAUAACUAUUGAAUAAAAAUCGUUGUAGCGUAACGCUUUAUAUUAUAAUAUAUUUAAUUAAUGGAAGUGCUCCGAGGGUAGUUUUACAAUGUACUUAACGUGUAUUCCAUAUUAUAUUUAUUAUUAUUAAUAAUGAGGAAACUAAGGUAAGGCUCUGCGGUGUGUGUCGUGCGAGAAAUAUUAUCAAUUCAAAAAAGGCGUUCUGAUUCAUUUGGGAAGGCAGUUAAAUUAUUCAAAACUAUUCGGUCGUCAUUCUCAAAUUUUAGACCUUAUUGUUUAUCCCAUAAAGUUAUAACUAAGGUAUUUUGCAGACAGUACGCACUGUUACAGAGUCGGUAGUUGGAAUGCGACGAUAAGUCUACCAAGUGCCUCGCCGAGGUCAGUGUACAUAUAGCUUUACAUAGAAUAACGUGUGCCUCUCUGUUCGACCCAUAAUAUCUUUAACUAAUGUACUUAGUAAUAUACACCUCGUAAAAUACAAAACUUUAUAGAAAUUUUCUUUCAAUUUUCAUGUUACCGUUAAUGUGCUUAUUUAAAAGUUGUUAAUUCGGACAGUGCUCAGAGCAGAGAGUAUUAUGGAAGUAACAGAAUAGUCGAAAAUAGUAAAAAAUAUAAUAAACAUGCAAUACUGCUAUGCAACUGUCGUCGUUUAUACUAUAACAAUAUAUUACUUAAUUUAAAUAAUGUUAAAAUCUGUGUCAACUCCAAUAUACCUUCUGUUCUGGGUCGUAACUGUUUCGACAGUAUUUUUGUGUUCACUGUAUACUUAUGCAUUUACGGCUUAGAGUAGAUCCAUUUAUGAGUCCCUGCUAGUGUUAAGUACAGACGGCACACACAUACUAGUCUCGUGUACAGUGUUACUACAUCGUUUUAUAAUCUUCUAUUUUAUUAAGUACCUUGUAGCGACAUGGAUCGUAGCUAAGGUAUAUUUUGUUAAGCGUUUACAAAUGGUGUUGGAUGUGUAGUUUGCGAUUUGCAAAUAUUAGGGCUCGGUGGAGAUACUGUUGGCAUCGAAAUACACUUUACUACACUUCUAAACAGACAAUAAUCUUUAAAUGUCACACAUCUGUCAAUGUCAAGAUGACAUGUAAGUUAAAAUAUUACCUCCGGUAAAAAAAGUUUUUAAUUAAAUUUUCAACAGUUUCUCCACCGCCCUUAGCUCGAUUGUAAUCCCAAUAGCUAAUGGAAUAAAGUAUAUAAUUAUAUAGCUAACCGAUUUUACUUUGACGGAAUCUUUAUUAGUAGCUAAUACGAUGUAAAUAUGGUUUCUAAAUAGCGUUUAUAUGAAGUAGAUAUGAAAUGUAGCAAUAUAUAGCUAGGAUGUGUUCAAACGAAGUUGUUUAGUUUAUUUCUAUUAAUUUUAUGCUUAAUUAAUUAUUUAUUAACUAGACAAUUUAAGUUAUUGCUAGCUGGCAACACUCGACGAAGCUACACCUUAUUUCAAUGAAUACCUCAUUCGUGUAUGACACUAACGGUUGUCGAAAUCACAAUUUUUAGUACUUUUUUUAAUUAAGCGCAAAGAUUAAGAGGCGUAGGUGCCUUUCGCCAGGAGUUACAGUUCCAGUGACUUGUAUAUAAUUGUGACAGUAUUAUAAACAUAGUGGAUCGCUUGUCUGAUGGGAUGAUAUUAGAAUAAUUGUAAUCAAAUUUGACGGACCUAACCGUCGAUGCGAUCACACUUGAUUAGGAGCGAUUUGUUUAAAUGUCGAGUUUAAAAAGUUUUCGAUUCGUCCAGUAUUGUUGAUGAAUUUUGUCGCCAGUGUUGGGGCCCGUGGGAAAUUCUUUUUUCAAAAGUCAAAUUUUAAAUUAUUUUUAUAAGUCCAAUUUAGUUUAUUUCUUUAAGUAAGAAAUAAUGUAAAAUUGAAAAAAUAUUCUAUUCAUUAUUCCAGUUGAAUUGACGAAAUAAAUUACACAUUAUAUUGUCAUUUAUGUAUUUACUUCCCUACGUAUUUACGGGUCCCUUUUUAUUAUUAGUAUUUGACUUAUUAUAUCAAUAUAGAGGUGGCUUAAUAAAUCGUGAAUAACGAGUAAAAAUAUUUUUUGCAUACUUAUAGAAGAACAUAGGUGUGUCCGACGCGCGGCGUCUCGAUAUCAUUGGUACACAUCAUUCGUUUCAUUAUAUUAUAUAAAGUUUAUAUACAUAGCGACUACAUAAAGUUUUAUAUGCGAUUGUAACGUGUUUACGAGAUAUUAAGUUACUCGUUAGAUAGUAGCUUAUCGGUGUAGCUGCAGUUUUGUAUUCGACCCGCUCUCCGAAACUCCACAAGUGCCAACUCUAGGACGGACGCGGCUCAGACAUUCCACUCGUGCGACGCUCGCGCUACCAAAGAGUAAAGUUACCUUCACAUUAAGGAAUUUAUGUAUCAUAGGAUUCUAGUGAAACAAAAUUGUCGAAUGUAUAUAAUUUUGCAUAUGUGUUAAAUAGCUUCGUAUAGUGGAGAGUAUUUAAUUGAAUUCGUACCGCUAGUAUUCCAUCCUGUGACGUACGAGCGGUAACAUUCCAGGCUUUGUGUAAGUUAUCGCUUUCCGCCCUCGCCUAUGACGUCGUUACAGGUAUCCGUGACACAACAGGGCAUCGCGUUAUGUCGAAGUGGAAAUUGUUAUUGUAGGCAGUGAUUAUUUUGACCAAUGUAAUCUGAUCUAUGUAACGUUUGUAAAAACAUUUACUGAACGUGCGAUGACGACAUACGUUAUGCAUAAUGAUAAGAGGUAAAUACAAUUUACACGAUACUAA